AUGGCAGCUGAUCUGGCAGGCGCGGCUCCUACUGAGUCCCAAAAAUUCCUUUCUACUCGAGGUGGCGACUACGGCCUCUCCUUUGAGACUGUUGUCCUGAAGGGUCUUGCCGCCGACGGUGGUCUCUUCCUGCCCCAUGAAGUACCCAAGGCAACAAACUGGGAGAGCUGGAAAGACCUUUCAUACCCCGACCUUGCCUUCCAGAUUAUGCGCCUUUACAUCUCGAGCUCCGAAAUCCCGUCCGAAGACCUGAAAUCGAUCAUCGACCGAAGCUACUCGACAUUCCGUACCGAGGAGGUUGUUCCGUUGGUGAAGCUUCAGGAUAACCUGCAUCUUCUGGAGCUUUUCCACGGCCCCAGCUACUCAUUCAAGGAUUGCGCCUUGCAGUUCCUUGGAAACCUCUUCGAAUACCUCCUUGUGCGAAAGAAUGAAGGAAAGGUCGGUAAAGACCGACACCACCUGUCGGUUGUUGGAGCGACAAGUGGCGACACUGGAUCGGCAGCCAUUUACGGCCUCCGGGGCAAGAAGGAUGUGUCAGUCAGCAUCUUGCACCCCAAGGGCCGUGUUAGCCCCAUUCAGGAGGCACAGAUGACAACCUGCAUUGACCGGAACGUACACAACCUUGCCGUGAAGGGCACAUUCGAUGAUUGCCAGGAUAUCGUCAAGGCUCUGUUCGGUGAUGCCGAGACGAACAAGACUCUGAAGCUUGGUGCUGUCAACUCGAUCAAUUUCUCGAGAAUUCUUGCCCAGAUUGUUUUCUACUUCUACUCUUACUUUUCCCUUGCGAGACAGUCAUCCUCUUUCAAGGUUGGGGACAAGGUCCGAUUUGUUACUCCCACUGGAAACUUUGGAAACAUUCUUGCUGGUUACUUUGCCACUAAGAUGGGACUGCCGGUGGACAAACUGGUUGUUGCCACUAAUGAGAACGAUAUUCUGCACCGAUUCUGGCAGACCGGACGCUAUGAGAAGCACCCUGUGCAGGAUGCGAAUAAGGCCGAUGCUUGCAAAGAGACUUACAGCCCUGCAAUGGAUAUCUUGGUCUCUAGUAACUUUGAGAGAGUGAUGUGGUUCCUAGCAAGAGAUUCCGCCCUCGCCUCUGGCAAGGACCAAGCCGCCAGCAACAAGAAGGCCGGUGAAGAUGUUAAGGCCUGGUACCAGGCGCUUAAGUCCACUGGCGGAUUCGGGCCCGUGCCUGAGGAUAUCAUGGCAAAUGGACGCCAAACCUUUGAGAGCGACCGUGUCAGCGAUUCCGAGACAGCUGGAACUAUCAAGAGCUGCUACCAACAAACUAAAUACGUUCUUGACCCCCACACUGCCGUGGGUAUUACCGCAUCACACAGGUCGAUUGCUCGGUCUAGCGCACCUCACAUCUCGCUCUCGACCGCUCACCCCGCAAAGUUCUCAGAGGUUGUCACGUUGGCCUUGAAGGACGAGGCUGGUUUUGACUUUGAGACUCAAGUCCUCCCUGACGAACUCAAGGCUCUCUCGACCAAAGAAUCCCGUGUCACUGAUGUUAGCAAUUCAUGGGAACAGGUUGGGGAGAUUGUGAAGGGAUUUGCCGAGGCUGAUAUGAAGGCCGAGGCAAGUACUUAA